UGGGAUUGUACUAGACGAAGAGUUUUGUGAAAACUGUAAGUCCGAACGAACGCGUCAACCGAGUGUCAUGUGAUGUGCUUUCGGUAGUGAAUAAUACUUUUUUUAAGGGGGCUCGAUGGAUCUUAGAUGGAUUUUAAUUCUCACACUUCUCGCAAUUGGAGAUUCUUUUUGUGAUACUUUUGCAAGUGUACCUCCAAAUACAGUAGUUCCAUCUGAAGUUGAUUGCCAACCUUACGUAGAGAAAGCCAUCAAAGAACUAGGUACUUCAGAAUCUACAGGAAGUAUAAGACACGACGAUAAUAGGAAUCAUGAAAUCCCCACAGAUGGAAAUCCUCCAAAUGAUAAUGCUAAGAGUCCGUCUACUCAAGAUGGUAAUAUUGCGGAUGAUAGCCCAGCAAACACACCAGCCCAACCGAAAGAAUCCAAAGAAGAAGAAGAAGUUACCAGAAUAAAAAUAAAUUCUGAAAAAGACGAUAGUGAAAUCGAUGAACUCUACAUUGAGGAAAAUGAUAUUAAAAAUUCAAUUGACGAUAACAGCCAAGUAGAAGAAAUUAAUGAAAAUAUAAGUUCAGAUAAUUCUAAAGAGGACAAUGAUGUUGAAAUAAGUUCUGAAGAAGAAAAUGAAGAAACUAGCGAACAAAUUGAAGAACUCAAUGAAUAUAAUGAAGAAAAUAACGAAGAAAAAAGUAUUAAUGAAUCUGAUGAUGAAAACGAGACUGUGGCUAUAAUUAUUGAUAAAGAAUUGAUUAAAGAUAACGCUGAUAUUUUAAUUGAUGUAGAACAUUUAAAAAAGAACUUUAUCCAAGAAGUUGAAUCAAAAAGUUCAAAAAUUGUUGAUGAUAAAAAAAGUAAAGUUUCUGAAAAAGCAACAAGUAAAAAAAUUUCGACGCCAUUGCAAACAUUCAAGGGAACAAAAAAGAGAAAUCCGAAGUAUUGGAAUUUCGAUCCUGAUGAAUUUCCAUCAGAAGAAAAUAGAGCAGAAAAAAAAAUUGAAAAAAAAAGGAGACGUAAUCCAAAAUACUGGCAUUUUGAUCCUGAUGAAGAUGGCACAAAUACUGAAGAAAAUAAAGUAGAGUCUCCUAAGCCUGAUAAUAAACAGAAAUUAGAGAGUAACUCAUAUGGAUUUACUUUCAAAGGUACAAAAAAAAGGAAUCCCAAGUAUUGGAAUUUUGAUCCUGAUGAAUUCCCUACAGAAGAAGAUACAACAGAAAAAAAAACUGAAAAAAAAAGGAAGCGUAAUCCAAAAUACUGGCAUUUUGAUCCUGAUGAUGAUGGCACAAAUACUGAAGAAAAUAAAGUAGAGACGCCUAAGCCUGAUAAUACGCAGAAAUUAAAGAGUAACUCAUAUGAAUCUACUUUCAAAGGUACAAAAAAAAGGAAUCCCAAGUAUUGGAAUUUUGAUCCCGACGACUAUCCAAUUGAAGAAGAAAAAAAAGAAGAACUGGUAAUAAAGAGUAAGCGCAACUCAAAAUACUGGCUUUUUGAUCCAGAUGAAUAUCCGAAAGGCAUAGAUAUAACUAAAGAAAAAAAAUUAGAUGACAAAAAAACUAAAGACUCAACUUUUGAAGGUCGUAAAGUAGAAUAUUUGCAAAAAGAUCAGUAUUUAUUAAAAGAAAUCCCACAAAAAAAUGAGAAAUUAGAAGAAAAACUUGAGUAUAAAGACACUAAAAAGGAAAUUACAAAAAAAGAUGAAUCACUGCAAGCAAAAAUUAAAGAAACACAACAAGAUAUGUAUUGGAAAACUGGAGAUGAUGAAAAGCUAUUAAAAAGAGAAACAAGAGAAGCUGUUAAACCAUUAAUAAGACCCGAGAAAACAACAAAAAUUAAAGUUGAAGUACAAGUUGAAGAUAGCUUAUUAGAAGAAGAUUUAACCAUGGAUGAAGUUUUACCGAAAAAUUUAAGAAACAAAGCUCAUAUCAAACAAACAUUACAAAUUGGCGAAAACACUGCACAACAUGAUAGCUUUUUAUCAAAAGUUGUAGACGCAACUUUAAAAGAAUUAAAAAAAGUUUAUGACACUGCAAUUAAACCUUUAGAAACUACAUUUAAAUAUAAAGAUUUAAGUAACAGGCAUUUCGGAGAGCCAGAAAUAUUUUCUAAACCAUUAGUUUUAUUUAUGGGUCCUUGGAGUGGUGGUAAAUCAUCAAUUAUUAACUAUCUGUUAGAUAUAGAAUACUCUCAAUUUUCAUUACGAACAGGAGCUGAACCAUCUCCAGCAUAUUUUAAUAUUUUAAUGUAUAACAAUCGAGAAGCAAUUUUAGAUGGAACUCAAUUGGCUGCAGACUGGACAUUUUCUGGUCUACAAAAAUUUGGUCAAGGUCUCUUGGAUAGACUUCGCGGUCUUAAAUUACCACAUCCUUUAUUAGAAAAAGUGAAUAUUGUUGAAAUUCCUGGAAUCAUGGAAAUGCGUAAACAUGUAGAUCGUGUAUUUCCUUUUAAUGAUGUUUGUCAAUGGUUCAUUGAUAGAGCAGAUGUAAUUUUUCUAGUUUAUGACCCAGCAAAAUUAGACGUUGGACCAGAAACUGAAGCUAUUUUAGAUCAACUAAAGGGCAGGGAAUACCAAACAAGAAUAGUUUUGAAUAAAGCGGAUAAAAUUCGUGCUGAGGAGUUAAUGCGUAUACAAGGUACUCUUAUUUGGAAUAUAAGCCCACUGAUGUCAAGUGCCGAACCACCAAUUAUUUAUCCCGUGUCUCUGUGGUCAAACCCAUAUGAAGCUGGAUCUCCAGCUAGAUUAUUACAUUCUCAAGAACUGGCAUUUUUAAAAGAUAUUCGUACUGCUAUUGAUAAACGCGUUGAAAACAAAAUAGCCAGUGCCCGGCGGUUUGCAGUGAGGGUCAGAAAUCACGCAAAAAUGGUUGACUGUUAUUUAACGACCUAUUACAACCACAAGACAUUUUUCGGUAACAAGAAAAAGAUAAGUGACGACAUCAUUGAACAUCCACAAAAUUAUCAUAUUUAUGAAGGUCUCAGCACUCUUAAAAACAUUUCGAGGUAUGACUUACCCGAUCCAGAUGUAUAUCGAGAUUUUUUCCACCUUAAUCCAAUUUACGAAUUCAAAAGACUGUCGGAAACAUGUACAUAUUUCCGAGGAUGUCCAAUUAAUAAGUUAGAUAUGGCUAUAGCUUAUGAUCUGCCCGAUCUAAUCGGUCAAUAUAAAAGACAAGAAGAAGAACUGGUGACAGUUGAUGAAAAUGAACCUUAAAUAAAUGCGUCAUAAGUGCAAAGAAUCAACAUCGUUAAAAACAACAAUAUAUAUAUAUAUGUAUAUCACAUUAUCAAUUUAAAUUGUCAUCAAUUUAUAAUUAUAUCAAUUAAUCGUAUUCGUGUAGACUGUUUUUUUAAUUUAUAUUAAAUUAUUAGAAAUGUAUUAUAUUGAUGGUUAAAUGUUAAUAAAUUUUAUGUUAUUAUUGAAAAAAAUAAAUAAAUCAAAUAUUUAUUUUA